GCAAAGCAAGAUGGCGCCGCUCUGGCCAGAAGAGGUUGAUGUUUUCACUGUACCACACUCCAGAAUGAAAAAACUGGUGCACAAGUACAGCAAAAUGAUACUAUCAGCUGACUUCGCCAAUGAAACGCGAUUUAAAACACUUCUUCAGAAUCUUCAUAACGUCUUUUUAGAGUUCAAAGCUCAUGAGCGAAUUGAGAACAUGUUAAUAAUGCGGAAGCUGAGGUACAAACUGAGGGCUGCAUCAGUGACAAGUGCUGCUGUCUGCAAUUGCCACAGUGACAACAGAUUGACAGAUAUGCUGGAAUUGGUAUCGGAUGGGUACAAAUGGACUGACAAGACUGAUUAUGAGCGGCAAGUAUUCGGUGUGAAGCUUCGGGAAGCCCUUGAAGAUUUCACUGAGAAUUUUAUCCCUCACAUGGAGGAAGAGGAAGAGGUGUUCCAGCCCAUGUUGAUGGAGUAUUUCAGCUACGAAGAACUAAAGGACUUGAAGGCUAAAGUUAUUUACGAGCAUGGUGUUUCGAAACUGAAAGAGAGCGCUGAGCAUUAUGACAGUGAAAAAUUUGUGGAAGAUGAAUCGGAAGAGUCCAGUGAGGAAUCCCCUGAGCCUAUCUGCCAUGCUGAUUUGGUGCCCAAUGAGAUUUGUCUGAAGAUAUUUUCUUACUUGGACCCCAAGGACUUGGUGAGAGCAGGCCAAGUGUCCCACCGAUGGAAUCAGCUGACGAGGGACCCAUCACUCUGGAUGGAGUUGCACCCUGUUCAUUGGGCGCAAGGAAAUUGGACUUUUUAUCCGGAAGUAACUGGCGGAGUUGAUGGCGCUGGUGCACUGGAAAAAGAAUAUGUUGCUGACCCGGAGGAUGAGGAUGCGUACUUGUGUGUGGACGAGGAUGCAGAUGUUGACGAGUCUUGUGAAAGUGACUUUUCAGAGAGUCCUCAGUCCGUUGAGCUGAAAAGGAUUUUGCGCGAAGCAAAGAUGAUCACGGCCAUUGUGAAGUACCUGUUGCCUCAAGUGGGGUCAGGGGUCAAAGUGUGUGACCUAGCCUAUAGCAAAGGCAUUAGUAGUAGCCUGGUUCACAAAAUUCUGAAGUUGUGUCCAAAUCUUGAAACUUUGGAUCUCACGCAUACUCGGGUUGGAGACGAAGCUUUCAAGGAGUAUGGAGUGAGUGGACGUCAGUCCAGACUGCGACACCUGGACCUCACUGGAUGCUCUCACAUUACCGACCUGACUCUGUUCAGUUUGGCCGAUGCCAAUGCUGUCUACGCUUACGGGUGGGACGAAAUUGAAGACGAUGAGAAAGAGAGGAUGGAAGUUGACAUUGAGGCUCUUCCACCGCCAUGCUGUCAGCUCUCCUCUUGCUGCGAUAAAAAGUCUGGUUUUGGCGUAAACCAGGAAACUUCGGAGCAGGGUACAGUGGACAGUGGCUCUACUCUGGGUAGCUACAGCAGUCUGAGUGAGUGUGCCUCUUGUACUGACGGAGAAGGAAACGAUGGAUUUCUAACGGCUUCUGACUGCUGUGAUGUGGAAAUUGAGAGAAGCCGCAAUUCAAGCGUCGGGUCUUCGAGCGAUAGUUCGACGACGGAGUGUAGGCCGAGUUGUCUAGCGGAACCAUUUUUGUCUGGGACAGAGCAGGAAGAGUCGUGGGUACUAAGAGAGAGUUGCUGCAACGUCCUGGCAAAGCCAAAUGAAACAAAUCAAGUGCCUGUUGACGGUUCAUUACAGGUCAGUGACAUUGAGUGUGACCUGGGUGGCCUUCACCUUGCCAGGCUGCUUAACUCUGAAACCACCUCCCACGCAGCUGACUCGUGUGACCCACAUUGUGAUAUUUCUAUGGGGACCUCGCCAAAUCAUUGCUCUUUCUCUGGUGAGGGGCAAGCAGUGAAAACAAAGACUUGCUGUGCUGAAAAAGUAGUAGAAAAAAAGAUGUGUUGUGGUGAAAGACAGCGAGAUGACUCUGCAUCCGCACCUGUGAAUAGAACGGGUAGUGGUGAAAACUGCUCAGGGAAUUCCUCCUCAGUUAGACAACGUCACGGAUGCUCAGAAUCGAACAGAAACGUCUGUAUGUGUGGCGCACCCACUUGCCUUAGUUCUGACGGGCGGUCAGAGGAGAGACCAGCACCAUCGUAUCGACCUCAGGAGCCCCCCUGUUGCCAAAGUGUUUACUGUGCGGCUGAGCCCAAGUCAGGGGACGACUCUGUGUGGGUCAGUGAUCAUGAGGAAGAUGAAGUGGACCAGGAGGUCUUCACGAGUCAGCUGCAGUUUCUCAGUCUGAACGGUUGCUACAGAGUCACAGACGAAGGCCUCUGGGCUCUGGCUCAAGGUCAGGGCAUCCCGGAGCUACAGCACCUGGACCUGUCGGGCUGCACGCUGGUGACCGGCACGGGCCUGGCUCCCCUGGUGUCCACCUGCCGGCAGCUGGACCUGAGCAACCUGUUCUACUGCGACAAUAUGGCGGACGACCCGUUCCACGCUGCGGCCAGCGGGUGCCGCAACCUGCAGUGUGGUACGCGCUACUGCUGCAGCUACAAGGAGUGAAUGAAUGCUUUG